AAUGAGACUUUUCAAUUAUCCGGUGAAGGGAAGGGAAGAGAAGAGGAAGUGAGUGUUGCUUGCUUAGUAUCCAAGACAAGAACACAAUAAUAAUUCGUGAAGUCAUUUCAAUUAUAUGUAGUUCCGUCAUAUUUUAUCUCCCGAUUUUUUUGAUAUUAUUGUUAUUACUGGCGUUACAAUCUGAAAGUGUGAAGAGCGAAGAAGAUGGCGGAAGAAAAAGAAUCAACGUCAAUUCCUCUCAGUCAAGGGGAUAAUGCAUCUCGUGACGAUCCCGAAGACCCAGCCAAGUCUCCACCAAGCUCCCCCAACUCCUCCACUCGCAGGGCUUGCUGCUUUGUUCUCCAGAGUUGGGUCUCAAAGAAAUUUAUGACUGGAUGUGUAGUUCUUUUUCCAGUUGCUGUUACCUUCUUUAUUACAUGGUGGUUUAUUCAGUUUGUUGAUGGUUUCUUUAGUCCAAUAUACUCCAGGCUUGGCAUUGAUAUAUUUGGACUUGGUUUCAUUACAUCAUUAGCUUUUGUAUUUCUUAUUGGUGUUUUUGUUUCAUCAUGGAUGGGAGCUACUGUUUUCUGGAUUGGAGAAUGGUUCAUAAAGCGAAUGCCCCUUGUUAGGCAUAUAUACUCUGCAUCCAAGCAGAUUAGCGCUGCAAUAUCUCCAGAUCAAAAUACCACUGCCUUUAAAGAGGUAGCCAUUAUCCGUCAUCCACGUGUUGGUGAAUAUGCCUUUGGCUUUAUUACAUCAACUGUUACUCUACAGAAAGAUAAUGAAGAUGAAGAGCUUUGUAGCGUUUUUGUACCUACGAACCAUCUGUAUAUUGGCGAUAUAUUUCUGGUUAACUCCAAAGAUAUUAUAAGACCAAAUCUUUCUAUUCGAGAGGGCAUAGAAAUCAUUGUUUCCGGGGGAAUGACUAUGCCGCAGUUGAUAACUCCGGUUGAAAGGGCUACUCGACCGAAUGAAAGAAUAUCAUUAAAUAGAAUUGGAUAAAGGAUUAAAUCCGUGGUUGAAACCAUGUGAGUGAUGGAAAUUAUCAGUCUGAACCUCCAUUUAUUUUAAUAUACGAAAUUUGUUGUUUAAUAUUUUGUUAAUUAUUGUCUGUUCCAAGCUGAGCAAGAUAACCUGUAGAACUGUAGCUUGUAAUCCCAUCCCUGUUUUUGUUCUACCAGUUACCACCCAACUUCAGGCUGACACAUAUUAACUCCCAAGUAUUAAUAUAUUUUCGAAAUUAACAUUAAAUA